AUGAAAGCUGUUACUCGAAAGAGACAAAUCAAGGAAGCUCCUGUACAGAAGGGUUCUGGAACUUCGAGGAACACCAAGGCAAGUGAGAGUGAUUCUGUCACCACUGGCAAGAAACCCACGAGCUCGAAACCCUCAGCACCUUCGAAGCAAAAAGUUCCUCAAAUAGCCGAUUCGGACGAUGAAGAUAAAUCUCCCCCUCGCACCAGACAAGCGACAAAGAAAAGACAAAGAGCUGCCACCCCUUCAGCCAAGGAAAAGGGAUCUGAGAAUUCGAAGCUUACUUCGUCAAGUGAUAAGGUAUCUUCUGAUGGAUCACCCUUGAAAGCUGCUAGUACUAUCCCCAUCAUGGAGAGUCACAACUCAAGUCCAGACAACAUUCCAACCAAGGAUGAUGCUGGUACCGCUACUUCUAAUCUCAAAGCCUCAAGUUUAAACAUUGACCUUGACAAUCUCCGAGGUGUUUCUCAACAUAAAUCUCAUGUGCUUUCUCCUGUUCUCGAAGACACUCAACCUCUCGCAACUAUCAUGCUGACUGCGUCUGCUGAAGAAAGUCAUUCAAAUGAUGAAUCUCCACCCAUUCAUCAAGAUGAAAAUAUGGAGGGGAACCCUCAAUGUUCGAAUAGUGGUAAUGCAGCUGGACAACCAACUGGAAGCGAAGAUACUAUAUCUGAACAAGAUGCUGCAGAAGAAACUUCCAAACUGCCUACACCUGGUUCUCAUGAAACUUCGAACCUUGGGACUAUAAUCACUCUUGUGAUUACUUCGAAGCAGGCCCCUGCAAUGCUUACUCCCUCAGAACUAGAGAAACUCAAGAAAACUGAUCCUAUAAGGGAAAGGUUCUUUGAAACCAACCUCGUCGAAGCUCUCAGCAAGGAAUCCACCAAAUACUAUGGUCUAAACAACCUUCUAAAGAAAGUGGACUUACUUCUAGUUUCAGAGGAAGUCUCAGAAGUGAUUGUUUUACCGAGUUCUCUGAUUGAACAACUCCAAUCUAAUCUCCUUCAAAAACGGGACAUCGAUGGACAACUCACAGCAAAAAUGACUUCUCAUAUUUCUUCAUGGGAAGCUGCUAACGAUGCAACAAAGAAGGCUGACGCCCUUAAGCUCGAGCGUUCGAAGGACUAG